AUGAAGUCGAAAUUCCAAGAUUUUAAGAAAAAAAGUUCAUUGAUUCCUAAACCCAACGAAGUCACAAACCUAGCAUGUGCACCUUCAAGCUCCACAAGCCUUAUCUUUACAUGGGACAGACCAAGCGAUCCAAGCAGAGUUGUUCAAGGAUACAUUCUGAACUUGGAAAGAACUGACAACUUGAUUGUUGACGCACUCCCGCAAUUGGACGUAAAUGACUACUUUGUAGAAACUUACACAUACGGUGGUCUCGGGGAAUAUGGUAUCUACACCUUAUCUCUUUACACAUAUACAUCAUCUGGUAAUGAACCUACACAAACAAUAGAAUGCCAGACAUUAACGGAUGUUCCAGCACAAGCGCCGGAUACAGUGGAAGCAGUUGGUAUAUCAUACACUGAAAUUGAAGUAGACUGGACAGAAAUAGCAACGAAAGAUAGAAAUGGGGUUCUCUUAGGUUACAGAAUAAUAUAUUAUAAGUUUGUAAGCGCUUGGCCAAGCAAUAUUACAGUGGACAACACAACUCUUCAACAUACUAUAACUGGACUUGAUUUUGAUACAUAUUACUAUGUUGGCGUCACAGGAUUUACUAGUGCUGGAGAUGGUCCCGUGACAACUGACACCAAUAAGACUUUAGGUUUACCAACCAACCCACCCGAAACGGUAACAAGAUAUUAUUGUUACGAAGCUGUUCCUGGUAUCCUUGUUUUUGGUUGGGACGAAAUGCCAUGUACUGUUUAUGUUGGACUGAUAGGGUUACUGCUUGUCUUCAAUUUUAUAUUUUGUCUUUGUUGUUGUUUCCGUAAAAAAUCAGACCCUGAAGAUGACAUGCAUGGAAGAGGAAGAAGGAAAUUUCAAAGAGAGUAA